AAUAUUGGAAUUUUCACUUUCUCUUUCGUCGUCCCCCUCUGUUCUCGAAACAGUCUCUGCACACUACACUGAACUCCAUUCACAGAGAAAGAAAAAGAAAAAGCAGAAGCAUAAAGAAGAAGAAGAGAAGAGAGAAAUGGCGCAUGCUCGGCAACAGAACGAGGCUGGCUUCACGCUCUCCAGCAAGAUCAACAACAAUGGUAGUAAGAGCAUAUACGACGACGUUUACGGAGGUCCACCCAAGUUCGGCGUUUCGAGCCUCUCCCCUCGUUUCGAAGACUACGGUGAGAUUUUUGGAAGCUUCCACACCCCACGCGCCUCUUCCAUUCCGCUCCUCGAUCUUCCCGCCGUCCACGACGCCGAUGCCUUCUUCGAUCCCCGAAGCCAGGCUUUCAACUACACCGAAGUUUUCGGCGCUUUAGAUUUUGCAGUUCCGUACGAGAAUUUGUUUCGCCACCACACUGCUCUCGACGGUGCCUCCGAAGAAGAAGCCUGGAGUCUUGCAGAAACGGACUCAUUCUCUGGAGAGUCAGAUCAAUCUGCAAACAAUCAAAGCAUGUCGAAUGGAUAUCUUUUCCAUUCUGUUGACGGUAAUGCAGGGUUCAAUGUUUUGUAUCAUAAUAAGGCCAAUGGUACAAGCAAUGAAUGUAAGUCAAAGGGGAAAACUCACAUGACUCGGCUGCAUGCUGUUCCUGGUUUCAGUCGAGUAUAUGAUGAAACCACUCAAUUGCAUCAGACUGAUCCAUCCUUUCAGGAUGCUGACGUUAUUGAUGUUGAUAUGGAAUUUAGUGCAGACAAAGUGGAGGGAAACCGCCCAAGGAAAACAAUAGCACAUCUGCGCAAAUUUACCACUGGGGAACAAACUUUUGAUAGUGAUCUAAAUAUUCAAAAUGGAGGCAGCAGAAAGGAUUCUCAUUCCAGGGAGAUGUUCAUAACUGUGUCUGACAUCAACCUCAGAAGUAUGCCCUCUCAAGUGCCUCCCCCAUGUCGUCCACCACCUCCUGCGCUGGAUGCAAAAAAGCGGAGCAUGUCUGGAUUUCAUUCAAACAGCAGGCUGGUUGUUUCUGAAGAGACACCAGGUGCUGGUUCACCACCUUUCUUUAAUGUGGAGGAUCAUAUGAAUUCAUCUGCUACAGCUUCUGCUGAUGCUAUGAAAGAAGCAAUGCUUAGAGCAGAAGCAAAACUUAGGAGUGCCAAAGAAUUAAAAGAGAGAAAGAAAGGGGAUUGUGAAAGCCAUUCAAAAUCAAGUUAUGAUGCAAAAAUUAAUGAAGCAAAGAUGUGUAAGGAUAUAACUAGAUUAAGUAGUUUGAAUGAUCAUACAUUGCAGGGAAGACAUUCAAAAACAAAACUAUCUGUCACAGAUUACAGGCAGAAACUUAAGAAAGCUUCCCCAGAAACUCUGGACAAUUUAGAAGGGAAAAGAGUUUUAAACAUGUUUGAGGAAAAGGACAAGAUAGAAUCCAGGUCAUCUCAAGAAUCUGAUAGAAGUUCAGUUGGGACAUGGAAAGAUGAGUCUGAAUUUUUUGAAUUGGUGGGAAUCGAAGAAUCGAGAAGGGUAACUCAACCCACAAAGCAGAUUAAGGAUUUGGUGCAAGGUACUGAAACCCAAAAAGUGGAAAGAGAAGCAUCUAAUGUGCAAGAAAAGCAUAAACAAGUAAAAGCAACUGCAGAAAAUUACCAGGGGGAGGCGUACGAGAAAAAAUAUAAAGCAGCAAAACAGGCUUGUGAACAUGAUGAAAACAUUAUGAAAUCUGAAGCAUCUAAUGGUAAACAGAGGCAGAGAGAGCAAAUGAAAAAGGAAAAAAUGGCCAAAGUAUUUGAGGUGGAAGACAAUGAGAAGAGUAUAAAAAUAGCCCACCAGCAUGGAAAAACUGAAAAGAAAGUAACUGAAGCUGACCAAUCUGGAAUCAUAGAAGACGUGUGUGAAAUGGGACACGGAGAGCAUAAACAAGUGGAAAUCCAGAAACCCAAAGAAGUAGAUAGACAAACACCAAAUGAAGUUCAGCUGACCAUGGGGCUUAGGGAAAAUGAGAAGAAAUUCAAAGAGGUUGAAAAGCAACAGCAGAGUGUGCAAAGGCAUAAGCAAUCUGAGAAAAUCAAAGAAAAUGGAAAAACAGAAAGAGAAGCUUUUGCUCUAGAACAGACUGAGCAUGGGGAAAAGCUGAAAGGUUCUGUGGAGCCAGAAGAUAUGGAUGAAAAAUCAAAUGUGGCUUUUGAACCGUAUUACACAGAGGAAAAAGAGGUCUGCAAAAGAGAAAAUGAAAUGAAAUUAAAACUAGGUAAACAGAUUCAGAUCAAAAAGGGACUGAAAGAAGCUCAUGAAAGAGUAGAAAUUGGGAAAAGCCCCAAAAGUUCUUCUGAAAAUGAAGAAAGUGAUGAUGGCCUAAUACCUGCUUUCAGGUGGAAUGGGAAUCAAAAGCAACUUAAAGAAGACUUUGAACUCGAAGUAAAUGAGAUAAGGCUGAAAGAGGCUUCCAAGCUGAGGGAAAAUGAGGCAUAUGGAAGCGAUCAAAAUAGAAAGAAAUUUAAAGAUGUUUAUGGAGAAGGAAAUAGACUUCAAGAAGCAGGUGACAACAAAGGGAUUCAGAAAGUUAUGAAUCAAACCCCAAUGCAAGAACAGAUUAAUGGGAUGUUGAAUGAGGCUCAAAGGAAAAAAGUCACUGAGGGAACAUCAAGCCAAACAUUAGCAAUGGAAGGAAGUGUAGAUGUAUCAAAUGAGAAUAGUCACCUGGAGCAAUCUGAGAAUAUGGAGCAAGAUGUAGGUGGAAUGGAAAAAGAUAAGGGAUUGAACAAAGCUUUUGUCAUGGAGAGGAAUGAAGAAGAGGGAAACAUGAAGAAUGCUAAAGCAACUGAUGAGACCGAGGAAAUUGAGAGUGAAGAAGAUCUUGCAGCUCAAUCAACCUCCAUUCAUGAAGAAUUUAUUGGAAAACUGAAGGUAUCUAAAAAAUCUGUUGCUGACCAAGAUAUUGGAAAGAUGAGAGCAGAAUGUGAAGUUGGGGAAAAGAAAUUGAAAGAGAUAGGGGUGGAAAAUCAACUGGCUAAUGAAAAAAUCAGAGCACCUGAAAUGACUGCAGGAGAUGCAGAGCAUUUAGGUACCCAAUCAGAAAAGGAGGGAGACACAGUGACAAAGGCUGAUAACAGAGGCACAGAAGCAACUGGACCUGUUACAGUACAGGAGACUGUAAAUGUCCAGAAAACUGCCCAGUGGUUUCAUGUUGGUCAAUCCACAGAAAGCAAAGCAAAGAGUACUAAUGAAACUUCUUCUAUGGUGAAAAAUGCUGAAAGGAUGGGAAGAGAGUCAGAAAAGGAUCUUACACAGACAGAAGAGGAGGGGGAUAGAGAAAGAGAACGAGAAAAAGACGUUGAGAAAGCCAUGCUGGAGGCUGAGAGGGAAAGGGAAAGACAAAAGGAUAGGAUGGCAGUUGAUAGAGCAACUUUUGAGGCUCGCGAUAGGGCAUAUGCUGAAGCUUGUGAAAGGGCUGCAUUUGAAAGAGCAACUGUGGAAGUACGGUACAAGGCACUGGCUGAGGCCAGGGAAAGACUUGAGAAGGCAUGCACUGAGGCCAGGGAUAAGUCAAACAUUGAUAAAGAAACUAUAGAGGCAAGAUUGAAAGCAGAGCGUGCUGCAGUAGAAAGAGCAACUGCAGAGGCUCAAGACCAAGCCAUGGAAAAAUUAAAGAAUGAAAGGACUGCAUUUGAGUCCAGAGAACAGUUAGAGAGAUCUGUAUCUGACAAGUUUUGUAGAAGACAAGACUCUUCAUCCUCCGAUAUGCUGGAUCCACAGUUUCAGAACUUAAGCUCUUCCACAGGUUCCAGACAUCCAUAUUCACUUUAUGGUGCUGCCUCUUUUUCUGAGAGAUCAGAAAGAGAAGGUGAAUCAGCUCAGAGGUGUAGAGCUAGACUGGAGAGGCAUCGCCGAACAGCUGAGCGUGCAGCGAAAGCUUUGGCAGAAAAGAACAUGCGUGACCUUCUAGCUCAGAAAGAACAGGCUGAAAGAAAUAGGCUAUCCGAGACUCUGGAUGCUGAAGUAAGGAGAUGGUCAGGUGGAAAAGAAGGAAACUUGCGUGCCUUACUUUCUACCUUGCAAUAUAUCCUUGGGCCUGAUUCUGGGUGGCAACUAAUCCCAUUGACCGAGGUCAUUACUUCUGCUGCUGUGAAAAAAGCUUACAGGAAGGCCACCCUGUGUGUUCAUCCUGACAAAUUACAGCAACGUGGAGCAAGUAUUCAACACAAAUACAUAUGUGAAAAGGUUUUCGAUCUUUUGAAGGAAGCUUGGAACAAAUUCAACUCAGAGGAGCGGUAACAUGCCUGGCAGCCAAGGUCUGUUUUUUUCUCCCUCCCUGUCUCUUGCAAGUGUGUAUAGAAGCUUCUUCACCUUGGCCGGGUAAUUCCUUCCCAAAGUCCACAGUCCAAACUUCCAAAACCUUUGUAAUUAUUUUGUCAUAGUGUAUGUUCUGUUGUAAUAGUCUCAUAAGUAUUUGUAUGUAUGAAGAAAAUUUCUGCCCAUGGUAUAGCAAGAAAUUAAGAAAUUCAAAAGUAAAUAGAUAUAAAGCAGGAGGCUAAGACUGGCUUUCUGUUAGCAAAAUUGGAAAUUUUUGUUACAAUAACUUGUUGAUCAAUUUUAAGAAUAAAAGGACCAAGAAACUGAACAAA